UCCUUGUCGUUGCUGUUUCUGACAUCAUGUUGCUCCUGUGGCCUCUACUGUUUCUUCAGGUUUCUGCACUGCGCCGGACCUUGUUUGACCGACCAAAGCAGCUAAUGCAGGAGGGAAGAGUGAGACUGGUUGGAGUUAUUCCCUCGUCUGGCCGUGUGGAGGUCUACCAUGAUGGACAGUGGGGUACGGUCUGUGAUGACGGAUGGGAUCUGGCCGAAGCGCAGGUGGUGUGUCGUCAGCUGGGUUUUCCUGGAGCCGUAUCAGUUGCUACUGGAGGACAAUAUGGUGAAGGAUCUGGUCGAGUCUGGCUGGAUGAUAUGAACUGUAAAGGCUCAGAGAGCUUAUUGUCUGAAUGCAGCUUCAAAGGCUGGGGUGUUUCUGACUGCACGCAUAAAGAGGAUGCAGGAGUGAUCUGCGCGCCUGGUAAAAACACAACCAGCAUUCGACAGAUGUCUGUGGACAACAGUCUGGGAUUGUCAGAUGAUCUCGGUCUUCUGUUUGACAGUGAAGACGGUUGCGAUUUCACCAUUGCUGUUCGAGAUCUCAGUGAAGAGGCUGAAUUGACUUUUUGUGUGCACCGUGUGAUCCUCAUGAUCUAUCCAGAGCUAAACUUAACACAUGACACCAGAAACAUCACGGUGGACAUCAGCCAGACUUGCCAUACUCAUGUGCCGAGAUUUCUUAGGUAUUUGUACACCCGUCAGAUUGAUGUCUCUACAACAUCCGCUCAGUGUCUCCAUCAGCUGGCGUUCAUCUUUGGAGUGCAGAAGCUCAUGGAGGAUGUUGGCAGGGUCUUCACUGCACUCAUUCCUGAAGACAUCACCUUCCAGACGCAGGUGUCAAUGUACGAGUAUGGCGUGCGCACGGGUGACCUUGUCCUCCAGGAGAACGUUCUCCAGUAUCUUUCCUGGAACUGCGAGUUCCUCAUAAGCUCUCCAGUGUGGAGCACCGUCUCCUUUGACAUGAUGGAUGCUCUGCUUCAGCGCUCAGACCUGAUUGUGAAGGAUGAAGCUGUUCUUCUUGAAGCUCUGGAGAGAUGGAUCCAAGACAAAGGUGACAAGAUUAGUUCAGAUAAACAGGUCAGCCUCCUGAAUCACAUCCGCUUCCUCUUAAUCCCGGUAGAUAAACUCUAUGACAUCCAAUUCUCCUCAAGUGCUCUCCGGCAGAGUAAUGAGAAACUGUAUCUGACUGGACUGCUCAGAGGUUUUCAGUUCAAUGCUCUUCCCUUCUCUAAGAUCAGAGAUCAAGUUGUUAAAUUGAGCGGUAAUUAUAUCCCCAGAAUCUACAUUGGAGAUGAGUGGAGUCUCGGUUUGAAUGUGAGCACUGUCAAUAACCCACAUUACAACCCUUAUCAGUAUGGAUAUGACCAAAGGUAUGGCCAAAGUAACAGAAUAGAAAAAUACUUAUCCACUCCUGCACACCCUAGUGCUGUGUACAGAGGGCAAAUGAUCCAGUGGCAAGCCCAAGUUUUCCGUAGUGUUCAGGACUGCCGAAAUAGUGGCAUUUCAUGCAAUUCGGUGCCUCUUGUAAGAUUCCUCGCAACUAGCAGUCAGUACAGUUACUCCAGCACCAUUCGCUACAACAACCGGUUGGUUCUUACCUGUAAAAAUCAGAACAAUGUCUUCCAUGUGCAAGACUUCAAAAACAACAUGGCAGUGAUUCCAACUAACAGCAGCAUGGGUCUGCCGAACCCCUGUCCAGAUGACUACAGCUUCAGAUUUGUCGUGCGCCCACAGUACAUCUGAAUGCUCAGCGAUUUGACCUUUGAGUUUCAGUUGAAUCAAUUCUGCUAAAUUAAAUCGAGUCUCUUUGUAUUAAAAAUCGUUUUCAUUCUUGAGUGAUUUCUGUGAUUUGUUUUAGUUGAUUUUAAACCUUUCAUUACUGUUAAUUAAAAAUAAAUAUGCUUAAUUUUCAUGCUUAGUGUGCGCAUCAAAGACAAAAUAAAAAGGUUCUUUCAUUA